GCUAAACAAUUCAAAUAAAGAACUCAAAGGAUCACAAAUUGAACACUUUUUACAAAUUAUAUAUAAAGAACUCAAGUGAUUUCGAUAGUCAAACCCCAACUCUCCCCACUUGUUCAAGCAUGUAUCCGACAUAGCAGCAGUCUGUAAUCCUGGUCUGACGGCAACACAGUAACUACAUACACCCAAUACAGCCAGGAUGCGGUAAACCAAAAGAAAUCCAGCAUUAAAAUAUAGUUAAACUCAGGUAACUAGUUCGAGUACUUUGAAUGGGAGUCUACUCAAAAACUGUAAAAAUAGCUGCGACACCCACGUUCUUUCAUCGUCACCAUCCUCACACUCACAGCUCUAACUUCAGCAACCCAACGACACCAGCAGCACAGACAGGCAAGCUCACCAUCGAACCACUCCAUGCCACCAUCACUGAUUCAAUUCUAAACCCAGCAAAACCAUGCAAACCCAGCAAACCAUUUCUGGGUUCUCUCGAUCCGUACCUCCUCUGCUCCUCCUCCUGCUCUUAUGUUCCACCACCGCAUCUGGGUUCGGAUUAAUGGGACCCAUCUCGGCCUCCUUCGGCAAAGACGGCUUCUUUUGCGCCAUAGACGCCAGUGGCAAGCAGGACGUGGUUUGCUGGGGAAAGAACAGCUCCUCGUCGACGCUGUCUUCGGCGUCUUCAUCGUCCUCAGCCUCUUUCGGAAAUAUUCCGGCGAUGGCUGCCCUCUCCGGCGGUGAAGAUUUUCUUUGUGGCAUUUUAGCUAACACCUCUCUGGCGUAUUGUUGGAGCCCCGUUUCUCCGGGUAUAGAUCUUGUUCCUCCCGUAUUCAAGUCCGCUGCGUACUCUCAUAUUGCUGCUGGGAAGAGCCAUGUCUGUGCUAUUAGAGGGUCGUAUUACUCUGAUCACGAAUUUGGAACAGUAGAUUGUUGGGAAAUUUUUGAAACAUCGAAUAAAAGUUUGAGUUCAAAACAGAGCAAUCUGUUUUCUGACCAGGCAAUUGCCAAUCUUGUGUUCAAAACGGUUGUUUCUGGCGAAGGGUUUAGCUGUGGGGGUGUUAGAGAUGGAGGGCUGAUUUGUUGGGGACCGAAUUCUUCGAAUUUAGGCGUUUCGGGUUCGCUACAGAAUUUCACAGCUUUAGCUUCAGGGAGGGCCUCAAUCUGUGGAGUUUCAGAUUUUGGUGAAUUGAAAUGUUGGGGUGACGCUGAUUUGUUGGAUGGUCGUCCAAAUGGAACUCAGUAUGUGUCUUUGGCAGCUGGUGAUCACCAUUUUUGUGGGAUUCGACACGACAAUCAUAGAGUUGAGUGUUGGGGCAUGUUUAACUCCUCCUUGAUUCCAAAGACUUCCGGGUUUUUGGCGAUUGCCUCAUCGGAUUAUACCACUUGUGGGAUCAGGGAAGAUGAUUUGGUGAUUGAUUGUUGGGAUACCAAUGCAACUUCAUCCCCGCCGGAGUAUGAUCCUCCAUUGGAAUUGUGCAGUCCAGGUCUUUGCACUCGUGGUUCUUGUGGCCAAGGGGAGUUUGCUUUCAAUGCUAGCAUACUCAAUGAGGUGGAUUUGACAAGCUUGUGUGUUCGAAAAGAUCUCACGAUUUGUUCCUCGUGCGGGUCAAAUUGUUCCGAAGGAUUCUUCUUGUCUAGUUCAUGUAGUGAACAUGCUGAUCGAGUGUGCACAGCUUGCUCUCUUUGCCAAAACAGCUCUUGUUGGAAUGUUUGUGGGCUUCAAACUCCUCCAGAAAUGAGGAAGAAGCUUUGGAAUCAUGUGCGUAGGUUGGUGAUCAUAUUCGGGUCUUCUGCUUUGGGGUUUUUGUUGAUAUUAACUUGUUGGUGCCUUCUUCCCCAUUUAACAACUUCUCGAAAAAAAGAAGGGACACAAAAGCAGUUUAAAUCUUGCAUUGGGAAAGCAGAGUUGGAAGCUGACAAUAAUAAGGAUUCAAAUCCUUCUCUAUCCGUGGUUCCCUGUCCUGGGAUGGCUCAAGUGUUCCGGCUCUCAGAACUAAGAGACGCCACCAACGGAUUCAAGGAGUUUAAUGAGCUUGGCAGGGGAAAUUAUGGCUUUGUUUACAAAGCUGUGCUAGCAGAUGAACAGCAAGUUGCAGUCAAGAGAGCAAAUGCUGCUACUAUAAUUCACACAAAUAGUCGGGACUUCGAAAUGGAAUUAGAGGUCCUUUGCAAAAUCCGCCACUGUAACAUUGUGAACUUGUUGGGUUACUGCUCGGAGAUGGGAGAAAGGUUGCUUGUGUACGAGUAUAUGGCCCAUGGGACGCUUUAUGACCAUCUCCAUGGUGGCCUUUCUUCCCCGAAUUGGAGCCUCCGGUUGAAAAUUUCAAUGCAGGCGGCUAAGGGGCUUGAGUACCUUCACAAGGAAUCCGUGCCUCCCAUUGUUCAUCGCAACGUCAAGACCUCAAACAUUCUUUUGGACGCUGAAUGGAAUGCACGAAUUGCAGAUUUCGGACUCCUUACAUCUAAUGACAAGGAUGUCAACGGAGAUUUAGCCAGCGAUGUUUACAACUUUGGAAUAGUACUGCUGGAGAUCCUCACUGGAAGGAAAGCUUAUGACAGAGAUUACACUCUGCCAAGUAUAGUCGAAUGGGCACUGCCUCUAAUCAAACAGAACAAGGCAGCUGCCAUAAUCGAUCGUUAUAUAGCUCUUCCGAGAAAUGUUGAGCCUUUGCUUAAGCUUGCUGAUAUAGCAGGACUGGCUGUAAAGGAAAAUCCAAUCGAGCGUCCUACAAUGUCGGAUAUUGCAUCUUGGUUGGAGCACAUUGUGAAAGAUGGUUUGACCUUGUAAUUUCUGAACCAGGUCGCUGGCAAUUCGUCAAAGAUCAAUUGAGCAAAGAUUGUUACACUUGUUUCAGUAAGUACUGCUCUAAUCUUCCUCAAUUGUACAUCUAUUUAUGAGCUGCUUGUAAAUGAAGUGAUUAAUCUUCUUUCUUCGUUUCUGAUUAUUUCCCUUAAUCCGCACAAAGUGAAGGGAAGACUACCUUUGUACUUUCAGUUUUCCACAUGAAACUUGAUUUAAU